AUGUCGGUGUUGCGGCCGCUGGAUAAGCAGCCUGGCCUGAACACGGCCACCAUCUUGCUGGUGGGCACGGAAGAUGCUCUUUUGCAGCAGCUGGCCGAUUCGAUGCUCAAGGAGGACUGCGCCUCGGAGCUGAGGGUCCACCUGGCAAGGUCCCUCCCUCUGCCCUCCAGUGUGGAUCGGCCCCGAAUUGACUUGAUCGUGUUUGUGGUCAACCUUCAUAGCAAAUACAGCCUCCGGAACGUGGAGGAAUCCCUGCACUAUGUGGACGCCACCUUCUUCCUGGGGAAGGCAGCCUUCCUUGCCACCGGCGCUGGGCGAGAGAGUCACUGCAGUGUCCACCGAAACACGAUCAUGAAGCUGGCCCACACCUACCGAAGUCCUCUGUUCUUCUGUGACCUGGAGAUAGAAGGCUUUCGGGCCACCAUGGCACAGCGCCUGGUACGCAUGCUGCAGAUCUGCGCUGGCCAUGUGCCCGGUGUCUCAGCCCUGAACCUGCUGUCCCUGCUGAGGAGCUCUGAGACCCUGGCCCCAGAGGACCUGUAA